CCAGACAAGUUGUGUCUGCGGCAAAUCACAAAACCCCCGCCAAAAAAACCAACAUAAACAUUAGACCCAAACACACACAUACACACACUCAUACACACGUUAACGGAAUUUUGAAAAUUGAAAUUCUUUUUAGACUUGUUCAUUUGCAUAAGGCAAAUAGAAAACGUUAUAGUUGAUAUUCAGUGUGUUAUAUUUCGGAAAAAAAAGUACAAAAAGUUCGAAUAUUAAAUUAAAAAAGUGCAAAACAAAUUGAAAUCUUAGUUUCACUUUAUUGAGAAUUAAAACAGCAAAAAAUUGUGAAAUUUAAAUAAAAAAUCUAAAACAAAAUAUCGCGGAGCAUUUUUCAAUUGUGAAUCAUGCGUGUUUUAUUGGCCAUGUGGGGCACUUUGUGCCUAUGGAUGAUAACGGCAAAUGCACAAGGAUUUAUACCACCACCGAAUGCAGGACUACAUAAUGGGCCGCCCUUUCACAAUUCGAAUCGCCGUCAACUGAAUCUGCAACAAUACAAUCAACAGAACUUUAUUCAGGCUGGUGUUGAAUUGCCCAUUCCCCAUCGUCAGCAGGUACAGCAACAACAGCAUGCUCAUCAUCAACAUCAGCAGCAGCAACAUCGUUUUGGCCAGUUCCCACAGCAGCAGCAGCAGCAGCAGUUACAGCAACCCCAAAGCAAUCAGCAAUUUCAGCGUUCUACGCAAAAUCAAUUGCAAACAGCUCCUCAGUUUCCACAACAGCCGCAGCAGCAACAGCAGCAACAACUGCCACUACAACAACAGGCCGGCGGCAAUCUAGAUCUUCAUCAUCAAAACUUCUUGGAUUUACGUAACUUUGCCGGUAACCAACAACAGCAACAUCAGCAGCAGCAGCAAUUAUCUCAGCGACCAAAACAAUAUGAUAACCGCCUGCAAUCAACUGCUUUUCCACCACAACCCUCUUAUCAGCAACAACUUCAGCAGCAACAAGCUCAGUUCGGCUUCCAGCAACCACAGCAAUUCAAUUCGCCUAUUCUCCCCCAGACUACUCAGAAAUUGCCCAGUCAGGCUCCAGUGCCAACAUUCCAGACUCUGACCCCACAGCAGCAGCAACAACAGCCUCAAUUUGUCUACCAACAACAGCCAAGCAAUCAGCAACAGCAGCAGCACCAGCAGCAGCAGCAACAAUAUCAACUUACACCCCAAUUGGGACUACCUGUGCCCCCAAUUUUUGGCAACCUUCAGUCCACAGCUUUCCCAGCUCAACCGUCGAGAGAGACUUACCAGCAACAGCAGCCACCCCAAACCCAAUUCCAGCAUCAGUUUGUGAAUGCUCCAGCUCCAUCAACUGCCCAAUCUGCCGAUCAGGAAUAUAAACAGAAACUCAUUCAGAAGCAUGAACAAUUUGUGGCUAAGCAGUAUGAGAAAUCCCAGCACAAAGUGCGUCAGCAACAUGAAGAUUUUCUCAUUAAACAGCAUCAGAUAAAGACUCAUGUCCUUCCUACCAUAAUCACACAACAUAAUGGAGGCAACUACAAUCCUAAUCAGUAUGUCAGGGGACGUCCUGUGGCCCAUCCAACCGAAUAUAAUCAGUUCAGUAAUGCUUUGCAGCAAUAUUACAAAGAACAUCCCACAACGACGACGACAACUACUACGACAACAACCACUGAGGCUACUACAACACCCAAAAAGAAUAUCUAUGCCCAAGUCAAGUCGGAACUGAGCAAAUACCCAAGCCAAAAAUCAUCUCAGAAGAAACCUGUCAAGACCUUUGCCCGCGAUGAUCUGUUGAAGCAACUAAAAGCUGCCCUAUCUGAGAAUCCGCAGCAGCCGCUUACGGGCAAUAAGACCUACGAUGAAAUGGAUUUAGUUCUACCCAAUGGCCAGAGAGUGCAAGUUAUUCGUACCACAGAUCCCAACUUGGUUCAAGGACAAAAGGCCUAUUCCCAAGAGCAAUUGCAAACACUUCUAGCCCAACAAGCUUUGGGUGGUGAGGCCAAGUUGAGCCUUAGCGACAUUGCUCCCACUAAGAGCAAGGACUUGGAGCUGCCCGGCGGAGGCAAGGUACAAAUUCUACGUUCUCCAGAUCCACAAGAGUCCGAUACACUGCCAACUGGAUCAUUGCCCGGCGGAGUGGACUUGUCCAGCCUGGCGGCUCUUUAUGGCGGUGGAGCUGGCGAUAUUCAAGGUGUCACCAAUGGAGCCAACAGCAUUGCCAGUUCGGCAGUUAUUACCUCUGACUCAGAUGAACCACCUAGCUUGGAGGAGUUGGCCAAACGUGGUCUCAUUCCCGAUGGCUAUGAGAUUGAGGGUUUGAGUUCUAAGCCAAAGGCCACACCUGCUCCUGCUGCUCUGCCGCCCAAGAAAAAGGCCACCUAUGUGUAUUUGGAAGAACAGUCUGAUGGCAGUUUCAAGAUCCAAGGUGUCAAGGCUAAUGGUGAAAAGGAGACUAAACAAACUGGAGCCGAGGUAGAGAGUAUUCUGGAGAGGAUACGCAGUGGUGAAAUUAAAUUGCCUCCAUCAGUGUCCCGCCUCUCGCUGCCCAAUGAUGAAGUGGUGGAAAUAAAGAGCGGCAAGAUCAUUCAAACGACUAAGGCGCCAACAACAAGCACUACAACGACAACAACAACUACACCAGCUCCGUUCGUUUCGCGCGGUACUCCCAGCAAUCAUCGUCAAUAUCAUCCAUCGAGAACAUCAACCACCACGACCACAACAACAACAACUCCCUCACCUUCAACCUACUAUAGCUCUGUGUAUGCGAGUAGCACGCCCAGCGCUGCAGCUGCCAGUCUGGUGAGAACCACACCGGCUCCCAUUUACAAUUCAUCACCAGUGACAUCAUCUUCUUACCUAACUGGGCCAUCGACUCAUCUGCCAGUGGUUACCGAACGCCUCUCCGAUCUUAGCCAGUCAACGGAUCUUCUGCCCCCUGUACCACAAUACGCUGAUGCUCUUGUCCAAGAGACAGAGAACACGGAGAACACAGAGAAGGCUGCCCACGUUAGUCCCGGAGCUCCCAGUUCCAUUCUAUCCAAUCCAAGUGAAGAUCUAUUGCAAAUUCUUAAAUCCAACGGUCUCUUUGCCAUGGCCAAAUAUCUGCGCCAAUCGGGGUUAGACAGCAUACUCAACGAAACGGGACCCUAUACCAUUUUUGUGCCCACCGACAAGGCCUUCAAGAACCUUUUAGUCCAGCUCGGAGGACCUGAACGUGCCGAAGAGAAAUUCCAAUCGAAUCCAAGACUGCUUAGUGGGCUACUACUCCAUCACGUUAUUCCUGGAUCCUUUGAGAUAGCCACUUUGCAGGACGAGAUGACGGGUGUAUCUUUGGCUGGCACACAACUGCGUGUUAAUCAAUAUAAUAUGCACGAUCAGGAAUGGAACGAUGUGACUUUGACCACGAUUAACGGCGCAAUGGUUGUGCUGAACAAAAAGGACAUUAAAAUUCCUCAGGGUGUGGCCCAUGCUGUGGAUCGUGUAAUGUUCCCACUACCUGUGGGUGAUCUUCUCCAGACUCUGCAAUCCGAUCGUGAGGGACGUUUCAGCAAUUUCCUGAAGAUCCUUUAUACAUCUGGCCUGUCCGAGAAACUUCAGAGCAAGGGUGUUAAAACCUACACUGUCUUUGCACCCGUCGAUAAGAGUUUCAGCGAUGUGGACUCGGAUACCCUCGAGAAACUGUACAAUGACAAAGAGGCUGCCGAACAGUUUGCCAUGAAACACAUUGUUCCAGGAGCUCUAUUCUCAGCUGGCAUGCGUUUCUAUCAGGUCAAGGAUUCCCUGUACACGGGCAAAACUGUCAUCUUACAAAAGACCUCUGCUGGCAAAAUCAAAGUGAAUGAUGCCCAAAUGGUCACAUCGAAUAUCCCAGCCACUAAUGGAGUGAUUCAUGCUCUGGAUGGCAUCCUGGCGUGAGCGUUAACCAUUCAGCAGAUAUUAUCAAAAGUUGUUAUGUUUAAGUCUUAGACGUAGGCAGCAUUAGUAGGAGGAGAAGUCUUCAUCAACCACAUGCAAAAUUUGUUUAGUGAAAUCUUGCCAAGAAACCACAAUUGGUGCACAAUUAAUACGUAGAGCGAAAGAGAGAGAAAAAGAAGAAAAGAUUCGAUUGGUGCUUUUUUUUUUUGUAUCUUUUUCACCCUUCAUCUAAAAAACGAAAAUCAGUCAUUACAAAUAUAGUUCAAUUUAAGAAAAGACGAAAAUCAUAUAACAAAUACAAAAAAAAGAAGAGAUAUAAAAAACGAUUAUGGGAAUCUUAAGUUAAGUUUCUUUAUCUAAUUUAUUUGGGCAUAAUAAUUCAAAUGAAAUAUAAUUUACGAAAUUCUGUAAAUUAAAACACAAAUUAAACAUAGUUAUGUAAAUUUAAAAA